AUGCUUCGAUGGGGUUUGAACAUUCUUCAGGCUGGAUUUCACGUGCUGGAGCGAGCUCUGACAGAGGCCGACCCUGGGACGCAAAAUGAGACGUCAUGUCGCGAACUUGACAAGGAGCAAUCGAGACGCCGCCGAUCAGGCUCUUCUCGGUCUAAAGUCGGGAUUCUAGUGACCAAAAUCGCCUUCACGUGUCUGAGAACAGCGCCAAUUGCUCCUGUCGAGUCGAAUGUGAUUUCGGUCCACGGUAACAGCACCGAUUCCGGCCAGGAGCGACACACAGUUUUUACCAACCCCCCAGCUUAUCGUCAACAAAAAUCUCUCGUUCCAAAGGUGAUGUGGUUCUCUCUCACAAAGAACGAUAUGCCGGACUCGUCGCACAAGAUUGCAGAGGUUGCGCGUCUGAGGCGCUCAUACCCAACGCUGAAUGUCGCAACGGCGGUUUCUGGCAUCACUGCUGCACUCAUGUUGGCCAAUCGAUCAUCGACAACCACGUCGGUCCUGAGCGACAUGUCAACAUGCCUCCUGGUUGGGUCGAUUAUCACGGCGGCUUUUACAGGAAUGAUCACGAUUAUGCUUUCGUUUGAGCUCCAGCGCGUGCAAGAGACUACCAGGGUACGCGAGGCGAUGGCUUGGGUACCUAUCUUCUUCUUUGACCUCAUGGUGUUCGAGCUUGUCAUGGGUCUAGUCUUUUGGUUCACAGCCGAACAUGCCUGGCAGUAUGCCGCCGUUCUUGGCUUGCUAUCGGGAUCACUCUUCAUGAUCGCGGCAGCUGUAGCUGUUUGGGUCACGUUAUCAGCAAGCUUGCACGGUUACAUCCACCUUCAGUCUGAUGCUUUGAUGGGCGCUGGGCAGUCACCGCGUAAUUCCCAACUGCAGCCUCAUAAUGAUAAAAAGUCCAAGGUCUUUCCAUCGCGCAGCACAUUCAUGCGGGUUGGAGAAUCAAUACACAGUCUCAUCGGACCUUCGACAAUACCCCCGAAUCCAUCCGGCUCGAAUCAAAUCUUAUGUGAUGGUGAUCGUAACAGUGAUUCAUCUCUUUGGGUGACCGAGCAGUAUCAAAAGAUAUCUCCUCUGGCGAUAUCUGGAUGGGCCUUUCCCGGGCAAACGACAUCAUCUCGAAUGCCAGCAUAUUUUACCACGGGUAUCAGGGAACCUCUCGAGCGGCCUGACCCUCCAUUUCGACUUCCAGCUCUGAGAUUCAGCAUGAAGCCGUUUGCGCGUAUCGGUGGUACGACUCCGACUUCCGUUACUCCUACUCCCUCGAAGCUACUCCCGCUCCUUGAACUACCACUGGACAUCGUCUUCGUCAUUUUCGACCUCUGGAAAUCUGAUGAUUUUGAGAGCGCACUGAACAUUCCCCUAUCGAAACCGAAAUCUAUCGCUUCUUACGAGAUAUCAGAGGGAACGAAAAAGUCCUUCCGGCCUUCUACCAUCCGCAUAAAAUGGUUUCCGGAAGCAAUGAAUGAGCCCUUCGAUAAUGAAGCACUCGUGCUUUUUGCUGAAGUCUUUUGCCGUAUGAACGGCCUGAAAGAAUUAAUGCUUGAUCUAGUCAAAGGCGAAUCGCUGUUUGCCGAUGUAUUCCACGCCAGCUUACAUGGAAGGACCUUGCCUUCGGUAAAGAAAUUUUGUCUUGUCGUCUACAACAUAGCAAAAUCGGCGUCCGUUCUUUGGGAUCUUUCUCUGCACCCUCAUCUGAAUGUCCUGGAGCUCCAGAAACACGACUGGCCUCUAAGGGACGUACAAGUGGUGGUGGCUCUUUUUCCCAAUGUCCAGCACCUGCUACUGAAGGGUGGACUAGAUGGGGAGCUUAUCCCAGCCAUCAGACUGCUUCCCAGGCUUCAGAAGCUUGCCAUUGACACCGAUCAAAUUGUUCCGUUGCCACCACGCCGCUUGGAGCCGCACGAUCUUGACGACAUCAUGUCACAGAUCGAGAAUCCUCCGCUGAAUGAGAAGCCACGUGCCAACGCUUUAAAGUUCUUUCAGCAGAAGCCUGGGGAGAGACUUCGUGCAAGACAAGUAGCUCUCGACUGCCACAAUAUGUAUAUUGAGUGGCAAAAGUGGAUGGGUAUCCCCAGAAUUGCCAAACGACGAAACUGA